AUGGGCAGCCGCGACCACCUGUUCAAAGUGCUGGUGGUGGGGGACGCCGCGGUGGGCAAGACGUCCCUGGUGCAGAGGUACUCCCAGGACAGCUUCAGCAAACACUACAAGUCCACCGUGGGAGUGGAUUUCGCCCUGAAGGUUCUCCAGUGGUCUGACUCCGAGAUGGUGAGGCUGCAGCUGUGGGAUAUUGCAGGCCAGGAGCGCUUCACAUCUAUGACGCGCCUGUACUAUCGAGAUGCCUCUGCCUGUGUUAUUAUGUUUGAUGUUACCAAUGCCACUACCUUCAGCAACAGCCAGAGAUGGAAACAGGACCUGGACAGCAAGCUCACUCUGCCCAAUGGAGAGCCUGUGCCCUGCCUGCUCUUGGCCAAUAAGUGUGACCUGUCCCCUUGGGCAGUGAGCCGAGACCAGGUUGACCGUUUCAGUAAGGAGAACGGUUUCACGGGUUGGACAGAAACAUCAGUCAAGGAGAACAAAAAUGUUAAUGAGGCCAUGAGAGUCCUCAUUGAAAAGAUGAUGAGCAAUUCCAAAGAAGACAUGUCUUUGUCCACCCAAGGGGACUACAUCAACCUACAAGCCAAGCCUUCCUAUAGUUGGGGAUGCUGCUAG